GCUUGGAGUAUAUGGCUAGUUACUUGUGAUGACUAAAGCAGCUGGAGUGCACAGCAGAAUGUGGAGAAUGUUUUUUUGUGGCUUUCUGAUCUAAUAUGAAAAGAUUUACCUUGAUUGAAGUGUGACAUAAAAUGUUACAGCAGCUUUGCUUCUCAAAAUGGUUAGCGAUAGGGAUUGCAGCUUCUGUUGUCCUCAUGGAUUGUUUGGCCCAGAAUGAUGAUGAUUGGCAGUAUGAGGACUGCAAGUUGGCCAGAGCAGGGCCUCCAGCAACAAUAGUUCCAAUUGAUGAAGAAAGUCGGAACGGUACUAUCCUGGUAGACAACAUGUUGAUCAAAGGUACUGCAGGAGGACCUGAUCCUACCAUUGAACUAACAUUAAAAGAUAAUGUUGACUACUGGGUAAUCCUAGAUCCUAUCAACCAGCGGCUUUAUCUAAACAGUACUGGGCGAAUUCUGGACAGAGAUCCACCAAUGUCGAUUCAGUCUAUUGUAGUCCAAGUCCAGUGCAUUAACCGAAAAGUAGGAACCGUUAUCUACCAUGAAGUUCGGAUUGUGGUUCGGGAUAGAAAUGAUAAUUCUCCCCAGUUUCAGCAGGAGUACUACUAUGUCGCAGUAAAUGAGUUAACACCAGUUGGAACCACCAUCUUUACAGGAUUCUCUGGGAACAACGGUGCCACGGACAUAGAUGACGGUCCCAAUGGCCAGAUAGAGUACAUCAUCCAGUACAAUCCCAAUGAUCCAACCUCAAACAGGACUUUUGACAUUCCUCUUACAUUGUCCGGAGCAGUAGUUUUGCGUGAGAGGCUAAAUUAUGAAGAAAAAACCCGCUAUUUUGUCAUUGUGCAAGCAAAUGAUCGAGCUCAAAAUCUUAUGGAACGAAGAACAAGUACCACCACCCUCACUGUUGAUGUCCUUGAUGGGGAUGAUCUUGGACCAAUGUUCCUUCCAUGUAUAUUAGUUUUUAACACCCGGGACUGUCGGCCACUCACGUACCAAGCCAGUUUGCCAGAGCUCACAAAUCCUGCACGUGUGAACCCAAUCAAUGUCACACCACCAAUACAAGCUAUAGAUCAGGACCGAAAUAUCCAGCCUCCUUCUGAUCGGCCAGGGAUCCUCUAUUCCAUCCUAGUUGGGACUCCUGAGGAUUAUUCACAAUAUUUCAGUAUGAAUGCUACGACAGCUGUACUCAGCCUCCUAAAGCCAAUAAACAGGGAUUUGCACCAGAAAUUUGAUUUGGUUAUUAAGGCAGAACAAGACAAUGGCCAUCCACUUCCUGCCUUUGCCAAUCUGCAUAUUGAAGUUCUGGAUGAAAACAAUCAGAAACCUUACUUCACUGAAUCAACAUAUGAAGGAUUUAUUUUAGAGUCCUCCCCUGUGGGUACAACUAUUUCACAUAAUCAAAACUUGACAUCUCCACUGCAAAUCAUAGCUUUGGAUAAUGAUGUGGAAGAGACAAAGGACCCCCUGCUCCAUCUUUUUCUAAAUGACUACAAUACAUUUUUCAGUGUGACUCAGACUGGCAUAAUCCGCUACCUCACAUUACUUCAGCCAGUUGACAGGGAGCUCCAACAGUUAUACACCUUCUCGAUGACAGCUUCUGAUGGAGUACAAGAAAGCCUGCCAGUCACAGUCAAUAUUGUUGUGAUUGAUGCAAAUGAUAACUCUCCAACUUUCUCCAACAUAUCAUAUAAUGUCAAGAUUUACACAGACAUGAGGCCUGGAGAAAGUGUUAUCAAGCUGACUGCAAUAGAUGCUGAUGAAGGUCCCAAUGGGCAGAUCAUAUACGAAAUCCUGGCUGGCGAUCAAGGAGAUUUUGUAAUCAAUGAUCAAACAGGCCUGAUCACAAUUGCACCAGGAACCAUAUUGUUAGUAGGCCAUUCCUAUGCCCUCACUGUCAGAGCAUCUGACAGUGCACCACUACCACAGAGAAGGAGUUCUAUCACAACUGUUUACAUUGAGGUCCUUCCGCCAAACAAUCAAAGCCCACCCCGCUUUCCCCAGCAGAUGUACAGCCUUGAACUCAGUGAGGCCAUGCGAAUUGGUGCCGUUUUGCUAAAUUUGCAGGCAACUGAUCGAGAGGGUGACCCUAUAACAUACAUAAUCCAGAAUGGAGAUCCCCAGCAAGUAUUUAACCUUUCUCGAACAUCUGGGCUGCUAGCCUUAGGAAAGCCUUUAGACAGAGAAAGCACUGACCGCUACAUUUUGAUUGUUACAGCCUCUGAUGGCCGACUUGAUGGGACAUCAACUGCUACAGUCAACGUGGUUGUAACAGAUGUAAAUGAUAAUGGGCCUAUCUUUGAUCCUUUUCUACCUAAGAACCUUACAGUCCAAGAAGAGGAAGCCAAUGCAUUUGUUGGGCAAAUCAGGGCUACUGAUCCUGACGCUGGGGUAAAUGGCCAAGUCCAUUACAGUUUAGUAAAUUUCAACCAUCUUUUCCGCAUAACAUCCAAUGGUAGUAUUUAUACUUCAGUGAAGCUAAAUAGAGAAAAAAGAGAUUAUUACGAACUCAUUGUUGAAGCAACUGAUGGAGCUGUGGAUGCCCGUCGUGCAACACUAACUUUGGGGAUCAAAGUCUUAGAUAUCGACGACAACAGCCCUGUGUUCACUAAUGCCUCCUAUACAGUCACCAUUCCUGAAAACCUGCCCCCAGGAACAGUCUUCCUACGUUUAGAGGCUAAAGAUAUUGAUCUUGGAUCCAAUAUUACCUAUGGAAUACGAACCCGGGAAGCACGCCAGUAUUUUUCACUGAACAGAUUUACAGGGGAGCUGGCACUUUUAAAAUCCUUGGAUUUUGAGUCAUUUUCUAGCACAGAUGCAACAUUCACGUUUUUAGUGGAGGCUUUCGAUGUUGGGGGAACAAUGCCUCCCGGGCUUGCUACUGUCACUGUGAGAGUAAGGGAUAUGAAUGAUUACUCCCCAGUAUUUAGUAAACCUCUGUACAGAGGCAUGGUUGCUCCUGAUGCAGUCAAGGGCACUGUUAUCACAACAGUUGACGCUGAGGAUCAAGACCCUCCGGGGACACCAGCAAGUCGAGUAAGGUAUAAAGUAGAUGUGGUCCAAUUCCCUUACAGUGCAAGUAUCUUUGAUGUUGAAGAAGAUACUGGACGUGUAGUAACUCGAGUCAACCUUAAUGAAGAGCCGAGUACACUGUUUAAGCUCAUGGUUAUUGCCUAUGAUGAUGGUGACCCUGUGAAAUUCAACACCACUACUGUAGAAAUUUCAGUAUUGCAACCCUCAGUAAUUCCACGGUUCACCCAGGAAGAAUACAGACCACCUCCUGUGAGUGAAGCUGCACCCAAAGGAACUCAAGUUGUUGUUGUGACUGCAGCUGCCUUGAAUCAGACUAUUAUCUAUUCUAUUGUUUCAGGAAAUGAAGAUGGCGUGUUUGUUAUUAAUAAUAGGACAGGUGUUAUCUCUGUUAAAAAAUCUCUGGAUUAUGAAACUGUGAAAACUUAUUUACUUCGUGUGCAAGCAGACUCAUUACAAGUGGUCCGCUCCAAUUUGCCAGUGCCAUCCAAAAGUAAUACUGCCAAGGUAUUCGUUGAAGUACAAGAUGAAAAUGACCAUGCCCCUGUCUUCACAAAAAAACUGUACAUAGGAGGUGUCUCUGAAGAUGCCAGAAUGUUUUCUUCUGUGAUGAAAGUCAAGGCUAAGGAUAAAGAUAUGGGCAACUACAGUGCUAUGCAGUAUAGACUCAUCAUUCCUCCAAUCAAGGAUGGCAAAGAAGGCUUCGUGAUUGAACCAUACACAGGGCUUAUCAAAACGGCAAUGUUGUUCAAAAACAUGCGGCGAUCUUAUUUCAAGUUUCAGGUCAUUGCCACUGACAACUAUGGAAAAGGACUGAGCAACAAAUCAGAUGUACUUGUCUCUGUGGUCAAUCAGUUGGAUAUGCAAGUCAUUGUCUCAAAUGUUCCUCCCACUCUAGUCGAACAGAACAAGGAUCAGCUGAUAGGGAUUUUGGAACGCUACGUUCAGGACCAGAUUCCUGGUGCAAAGGUUGUGGUAGAAUCUAUUGGUGCUCGCAGAUAUGGAGAUGGCUACUCAGAAGAAGAUUAUCUGAAAUCAGACCUUAUGAUCUAUGCCAUUGAUCCUCAAACAAAUCGUGCCAUAAUGAGGAACGAGCUUUUCAAAUUUCUGGAUGGUAAGCUUCUAGAUAUUAAUAAAGAGUUUCAACCAUACCUUGGGCAAGGAGGACGUAUUUUGCAAAUCCGCACUCCAGAUGUGGUGGCCAAUGUCAAGAAGCAGGCACAAGCUGUGGGCUACACAGAAGGGGCAUUAUUGGCUCUGGCGGUCAUCAUCAUCCUUUGUUGCAUGCCUGCUAUUUUAAUAGUUAUGGUCAGCUACAGACAAUUUAAAGAGAGACAAGCUGAAUGUGCAAAGACUGCUCGAAUCCAGAUGGCCUUACCAGCUGGCAAACCAGCAAGCACUCCUGCCAAUAAUCUCUAUGAAGAACUUGGUGAUAGCACCAUGCGAGGAUAUGCACAGCAAGAGCAACAACAAUUGCUGAGGCCUUCCCUUCUCAGACCAGAGGAACUCUCCAUGGAGUCUGGAAUUGAUCCUGGCCAAGAAUACUAUGGGCAAGAUUACUACAGUUAUGAACAUGGGUACGAAUUACCUCAAUAUGGAAGUCGUCGCCGAUUGUUGUCUCCUUCUGGAAUGUAUGAUGAGUAUGGUGAAAUGGUUGUGGAGGGCGAUGGUAGCUACUAUUAUAGUCCACAGGCAUCCACAGCAGAAGCAGAGUGGGCAAGAAAGAAAAGAAUCAAGCUGGUGGUUGAUCCAGAGUAUGAGACCAGCUCCACUGCAGAGGAUAGUGCUCCCGAGAGCCAGAGGAAUCGCCUCAGCAACCCCAAUAUUCAAACUAAUAUCAAUGGCAACAUCUACAUUGCUCAGAACGGGUCAGUUAUAAGAACCCGGCGAAGCUGCCUUUCAAACAAUUUAAAGGUUGUGUCCCCUGUGCGGCUGGGGAAACAUUUCAAGAAACUUGACAAGUUAGCAGUGACACAUGAAGAGAAUGUCCCACUGAACACGUUUUCAACAGGGGCAUCAUCUAGUGACAAAGCAAACAUAAGGCCAUGUAGUGUAUCCUUUGCAUCCUCUACAAUAGACAGUGACAACAAAAUGACAAAAUCAGGGGGCAACAGAUUGAAAAGCACAGAAGAGCAAGAGUCCAUUAUUGAUAACGAGGACAACAAAGAGCCUUUGGAACUACCCAGCGAUCAUACACAGUCUGACGAUGAGGAACUCUGGAUGGGUCCUUGGAACAACCUUCACAUACCAAUGACAAAACUGUGACCUCUCUUUUCCAUUUUAAUUUUUACUCCCAUUUAUAACAAAACUACACUUUUUAUUGUCACAGAGGAAAACCAUAUGGACUUUGUAUUGUGCACAUGCGUUGUAUACUUUGAACAAAAUGCUUUAAAGUAAAAGAAGAAGAAAAAAAAUCCAGAGAAUUUGCACUUAACAUUUGUACCAAUUAAUUGUUCUUCCCAACAACUCUUUUUAACAGGUUCCAAAUUCAGUGAACAAAUAUUCAUUAAAAUGGACCAGUUUUGUUGGCUCUGGAGUUAUUGUUUAAUAAUCAUCAGAUCAUUGCUUAAGUGCACAGAAAAUGAUUGUUCAGUGUUUGUAGAUGAAAUGGCAACAGUCACACACUUUUCUUUAAAGCACAUGGAAGCUUAAUCUGCUGCCACUACUGCUUCACCUACAAACAUAUACCAAGACACCUGAUUGAUAAAGCUACACACCUAAUGUAUGCAAUUUAAGUUCGUUUUUAAGCUAUGACUUGUCUGUUCAUGGUUCAUAAAUUCAAGGAGUAUACACUGCACAACCGUGAUUGAUGUUAGGUGACCCCAAGGUUAGCUUGGGUGUUGUGAAGAUUUAAUCUUUAUUGGAAGACAACCAACUAUGAAGAGAAAUCACUCGAUGCCUUGGAAAUGGGUUCUAUUUUUAUUAAAUGUGCCUUAUUUCUAGUAAGAAUGUAUCCAACAAUGUAGCCAUUGGCUCUGGUGAUGCUUUCCUCUGCAGUGUAGAAGAGCCAUUUGUUUCGUGACAAAUAUCCCAUAUUCUACAAGGCUUAAUCAAAUAUUUUGUUUGAAACAAACAAUGACUCUUUUAAGACCCAUUAUAAGUCUCCAGACAUUUUUACAGUUCCUCUCUGUAUCCUCUCCAGUUUGUAAUAUCUUUGAAUAGCACUUUCAGAUAAUGUACAUGUAUUCACGUCUUCCAUUUAGGAAUGCAGACUUUAAAAGCACUUUGCUUCUUUUAUUUUCUCUAUCGUUAAUGCUAAAGCUUGGCUCAAGAAGCUUCCAUUAGAGUACCAAAAACCAUACUAAAUCCACUUUGUUUGGUGAAAUUGGUGUGACGGGACUGAAGAUUAAAUAGAUUGAUGCAACGUUCAGUACAUCCUGACACAGACAUGAGUUUUGUUUUAUCAACAUUUCAGUGUGCUAUUCUUAAAUUUAUAGCAUUUCUGGAAGCAGGCAAACUUGCUGCAAACUUUUUUUUUUUUUUUUUUUUGGAAGGCCAACACACUCUGUAGCCUUUCAGUUUCCACUCAUGAUCCACUAUAUUCUGUCCCUCACUUUCAGUCCUCUGCUGCUAACCAUUCACUCUGGCUUUUCACCCCAAGCCCCACUACUGGGAUAUAAUUGUGGAGACAAUUUUCAGGUGUCUAACAUAGCAUGCUUACUGACUGGUGGAUGUAGUAAAUGUGACUUAAAUUUUGAGCUGGAUGUGGUCUCCCAUAAUUGUAUCACUCAGAAAUCAUAAUUCCAGACUAGUAUCACCAGUGACAUGCCAGUUACAAAACUAGUGGAGUUGUAGUCCCCAAAAUUAUUAAUAUUUCAAAUCAACUGCAUCAGCAUGUACUGAAUUAUCCAUACACUGACUCAAUGUGCAUUUCUAGCAUACCAGCCCAUGUCUGAAAGAGCCAUGGCCCUUAAGGAGUUAGUCUUCCUCAGGAAUCACUUUUUUAUCUACAAGUACAAGUUAUAGUCUUUGUUUCUAGAUGGGCAGCCUUGCAGAUGGAUGUAUGGAAACAUCAUAGUCUUAAGAUGUAGGCCCAGCACAUCCAAGUUCUCCCAGUAACUACAACUCUUACAUUAUAACUGCUUCAGUCUAUACAUUUACAGCAUAAUAUGCUGCAUGAUACAUUUGAUGUGCAAUUUUAAAAAUAUCUCAUACAUAACUGCUGCUUAAUAUACAAAGGGAACAAUCCACACCUCACAGCAUUGUAAAUUAGAAAUAUUUCCAGUGGAUGAGAUACUCAACAGGGGUAGAUCAGCAUAACUUUACUGAAGCCAAUGGAGGCUUGUAAAUUUACAGCUGCUGGGGUGCUUCUAUAAUGGAAUUCUUAAGCUAUAAAACUGCUCUAAGUGAAACAUGAAUCCGGCCCCAGGUAUCAGCAAUAUACUCAUUAUAUAAUGCAAUAACGUCUAUGUAGAUGCAUAGAAUAGAAGAUUAAAGAUGAUGCAAAAUCAUUUAUAGCAGGGAUGUUUGUGAUAAUUAAUCUUGCUUUUUUUAUUUCUAUCAUCUUCUCUGGUAAAAUCCUUCUCCCUUCUCACAUUAGUUUUGUUUCUAUGUAAUAUCCCUGUCUUCAGCUUUUAUGAUUAAUCAAUAAGUUUCUACCUUAUGGCAACAGCAGCCAGAAUUAAAAUGGGAAUGAUGCAGGCACUUGAAUGAUAUCAAAAGACACAAAAGGUAAUCGAGCAAUGAAUACAGAUCCAUAUAUUUUCAGCUACAGCUUGCCUUUGGGCUAAAAAAAUACAAGAUGGAUUCUAAGCCAAAAGGAUUCCACAUCAAGUUGCUGAGACCAAUGAAUACUGAAACUUUAAUGAGCUUAGUUUGUAUAAAAAUGAUCUGUCAAGGGCACAAGGCUUUG